AUGGCAGCCACCAAUACGCACAGCCACAGCUACUAUGCCGAUAGCAUGUACAACAUGUAUCAUCACGCCCUGCCACCCACAUACUACAAUAACACCAGCAGCGGUAGCAGCAGCUACUACCAGAGCAACUCCAUGGCUGCCACAGCUAGCUGGCAGCCGGCGAGCUACCAGGCAGGCAGCUACGCACAGUACGGCCCGGAGAGCUACAGCGAGAGCUGCUACUACGCCAACUACCAGCAGACUGCCCUGCCACAGCCCGAACCCGCUGCAGUGCCUCAUUACCAGCCGACAGCAGUCGCUGAGCCCUUAACCAAAGCCAACUCGCCCGCGCCUGUUAAGAGCCGCAAGCGCAAGGCAGAGGAAUCCGCUGCCGAUAUCAUUGCCGCCGUGGAGGAGCGUCCCAGCACACUGCGCGCCCUGCUCACCAAUCCCGUGAAGAAACUGAAGUACACGCCCGAUUAUUUCUACACGACAAUCGAGCCCGUUAAGAAGCCCAGCAAGAGCAUCUCCGCCGGUGAGCUGUCGCCCUGCUAUGAGCAGGACUAUGCCGUACCCACGCCCUCCACACAGCAGACGCACAUGUCGCCGCAGCGCAGCACCAGCGAGGAUGUAGACUAUCUGGACGUCUACUCGCCGCACAAGCAGGCCAAGCAUGGCGACUUUGUUGCAACGCCGCCGGCUGCCACCACGCCCGCGACGCCCGCCUCCCUGGUCGAUGGCAUUGGCAUCAGCACGCCACCCCAGUCGCCGGCCGAGAAGUCAAAUGAAAUCAAUCAUCGCAUUGUGACAGCUGCCACGGGCAACAACGAAUUUAAUUGGUCGCACAUUGAGGAGACUCUCGCAUCAGAUUGUAAAGACUCUAAACGCACUAGGCAAACCUACUCCCGCUACCAGACGCUGGAGCUGGAGAAGGAGUUUCACUUCAAUCGAUAUAUCACACGCCGCCGCCGCAUGGACAUUGCACAUGCGCUCAACCUGAGCGAGCGCCAGAUCAAGAUCUGGUUCCAGAAUCGACGCAUGAAAUCCAAAAAGGAUCGCACUCUGGAAGCCUCACCCGAGCACUGCACCAACGCCGGCUACGGUUCGCUGUUGCCGCCACUGGAUGUUACCACUGUGCCGCCACAGCCACAGCCACAGUCGCAUCCACAGGCUGCUGCCAUGCCCUAUGCCGCCUAUCCCGCUUACUUGCCCGCCACACAGCAGAGCUAUGAUUACCCGCAGCAGUCGCCGCCGCUGCCACUACCGCCGCACUUUGGCCAACAGUACGACGCGCAGUACACACCGCAAUAUCAUCAACAGACGCAGCAGCAGUGCAGCUACCAACAACAACAGCAACAGCAGGAGCUGAGCACCUCCAACCAGGCGCUGUAUCAUCUGCCGUUGCCCUAA